CAACCACUCGUGUGCUUUCCUGUCUUUUAGGUUGCAGCAGGUAAUUGCGGAACAUUCUAGGAGUGUUGAGCUCUCUCGUCCUGGCCAAGAGAUGCCUUUGGUGGGUUGCAGUAGAGACGGCAGGUGACGAUGCACAGAUUGGCUUCACAUCCAUUUGAGGUCGCAUUGGCUUUCGGCUACCAUGUCUGAGUGCGUGCCUUGCAGACCUGCAAUCCGAAAGAGCAGAAAUGGCUUGCCUUCUUCCAUUGCGUCGCGGAUCCGGUUGCAUCGUCCGUCCUGUAUUCAUACACGGGUGUGCACUAAUGUCUAGCUCCCAUUUGGAAGCCAUAUCGAAUCUUGACGCUGGCGCCAGCGCCAACUGUCUCUCGAGCUGUUUAGACGCUCCUCCUCAAGCAAGUCGAUCCUCUCUCAGCUCCGCCCUAGCUCCGCAGCCAAUGGGGAACACCCACGACAGGCAAGUAAACCCGGGCCCGGUUUCUUACGUUUCAGGAAUUCCCGCUGCCCGCUGUCAUCCACUUCGGUACAGGAUGCCCGGUCGAGUGACUUUGACUUCCAGGUUAUUCUUUUCCCUCUGGAAGCUACAAGUACCCUGUACUGCGAACCCCCGGGGCUUCUGCCAAAGCGGGCCAGAACCACACCGCGCCCAUCAGCGACAGUGGGGAUCAGGACUUCGGUGUUGUUCGAGUUGCUCACCGCUCCCGGGCCCGCCGCUCGUGGAGAAGGGAAUUAACCAUGAGAUGGGAGCUAGCAAAGAGAAAGCUGACAAAAAGACGAGCGGCAAACUGAGAGACUUCGUUGUACUCACAAACCACUCACAACGAGUGCGUAUGGGAUGAAACAACGGCCCUUCUACGAACGAGCGAGCUCCCCGCAAAUGUCAUUACCAAGCAAGCUGCUGUGCCAUGAGUGACAAUUUCAAUCUGACAGGCAUGAUGGCAUUCUACCCGAUGGCCAGCCGUCGUUCUCCAGACUGGACGCUGUGCAACAGAGCCAUGGGAGUGUGCAGACUCUGGCAAUCUCGGUAUGGCCACGCUCUCUUGAUGCAUGCAUGCCUUACCUACGCAAUCGAACUGCACAAUCCUGCUGUGGUCUCUCGAGAGCAGUGUAAUAAGCUU